CGACACGGGGAGAACAUGCAAACUCCACACACAUGUAACCCAGGCGGAGACUCGAACCCGGGUCCCAGAGGUGUGAGGCGACAGUGCUAACCACUGCACCACCAUGCCACCCCACAUCAAAAACCAAAUGAAUUAAAAAACGCGGAAAAUAAUGUUGAAAUGAAAAUAUAUUUUUUGACAGCGAUCGACGACCUGUAAUAUUUUUGACGAUGUCGCUGCUAUAUCGCUAUUUGUAAAAAAAGGAAAAAAAUAGUUACUGGAAAAGCUACAGCGUUUUAAAAGUAUUUGCUCUACCGAUAAGCUACUGAAAGAAGUAAAGUUAGUAGCGUCGAUUAUUUUAGUUAGCUACUCCACAACACUGGACAUAAAAAUAACUGAACAAUGUUAACAUUUUCGUAAUUUAAGCCCUCUCAACAGAAGCACUUUAAUGAGAAUAUUUGAAAAAUUAACUGAUAACAUAUCAGUUAUCUAUAUUUUUUUAAUUUACUUUGAAAACAGACUCAAAUUAAGCCUAUACGAAAAAUUCAGAAGCCUAUACAGUCUCAAAUGAAGCCUGUUGCGUUUUUAUACAAUCGGUCUGGGAUUCCGCUUAACGUCACGCCCGAAGCUCACACUUUGAUUGCAAACGGGAAGAAACAUAACUAUUGUCACGUACACCGGCGGAUGUCAUCAAUUAAGCCUGCAUACUGGAGACUACAAAGGGACAGCACACGCAACGGGGGUUGCGAAGUAUUGCCAAUGUUUCAUUUCUAUAUCGAGCGCUUGCUUGUCCAGUGUCAUUCCCUCGUUCCUUACCUUGCCUGCCUUCCUUUCCCAGAGCAGCCCUCGUCCCUGAACCUCCCGUCCUGCCUUCCCUGCCAGCCCCAGGAUCUCUCGUCUCCCCUUCCCUUCGUCUCCGUGUCCUGUGCCUGCCUGUUGGACUGGAUCUCCCCGGCUACCGAAUCUACCUUCUGUCCCCGACCAUUCUUCUUGCCUGGCCCAUUGAAAGCCUGUUACCUGCUCGAUCUAAUAAAGAUCGCGCUGUUCCGCAUUCCUGGGUCCGCGUUUCCCUGCCGAGGGUGUCCUAACAAUUAUGUCUCCAGUAAUAAUUUUCUGCUAAUAGCAUUAAUUCUCUUAUUUCGGUAUCGGUGUACUGCAUGUACAUGUUAUCACCAUCAAAGAAAAAAACGCGUUAUGACUUAUCAGUCAUUAUUAUUGUUUUUGUCGUUUAUUUAAUCGUGUAGCAAUACUGCCACUUGUCAUAUUAUUAAUUGCGUAUUUAUAUAAUAUUAACCAAUGACCAAUCUCUGUAUCUUACUAGCAUCUUUUGCGCAUUUGUCUUUGUAUCAGCCGUAGCGGUCUGCAGGGGGAAUCGCAGAAGCUGGAGUUUCUUAGAGCGCUGCAUGGGUUUGGACAAACAUUAGGGAGAAGCAAACACAAACGAUUCGUGAGUGCAUCGUACGUGUUGUAAGAGCAAGUGAAGCUGAAAGACAUUGACAGUGAAGUGAUGGCUCCCUCUAUCAAUCUCUUCACCUUCCUCGUCCUGUCCCUGGUGGGGGGCAGCUCUUCAUGGGACGAAGCUUCGCCUUGCGGAUCCGGCUCCAUCCUGACAAGGCCCUACACGGCCUUGUGUGAGCUGGAUGCGGUGUGGGGCUUGGUGGUGGUGGUGGCGGCAGCGGCGGCGGCCCUCGCCUCGCUGAUCCUGCUCCUGGUGGUACUGUGUCUCCUGCGGAAGAUCACAGAGGCUGAGGAGCGCAGCGGGGUGGCGCCGCUACUCCUGCUGCUCGCUGCCAUAUUUGGGCUUUGUGGCCUCAGCCUGGGAUACAUCGCUGAGCAGCAAGAGAGCCUCUGCUUCGCCCGGCGUGUCCUGAGGGGGGUGUUGCUUGCUAUCUGCAACACAUGCCUCGUGUUUCAUGGUCUGCGACUGCGCCGGUUGGGACAAGGUGCUCAUAGCCCCAGCACAGGUCAACUGAUGGGGCUGGCGGUGGCCUUGGCCGUGUUGGAUCCGGAGUGGAUCCUUCUAGCCACGAUGUCCACAUGCCAGCCAGCCUGUGAAUACCAGCCGCUGGACUUUGCGCUGGCCACCACUUAUGUGCUGGUCCUGCUCCUGGCAGCACUGGUGGGGGCGGCCUGCAGUCUGUGGAGGCAGCAGCCACGGUGGAGGUGCAGGACCGCGUGGCUGCUCAUCACCUGCCUGGCCUCAGUCCUGCUGUGGGUGGCCUGGAUCACCUUCUGCCUGUAUGGCAACGCGGCGCUUGGCCUGUCCCCAACAUGGGACAACCGGGUACAGGCAGUGGUGCUGCUGGCACAGGCAUGGCUGCUCAUAUUGCUGCACGCUGCUCCUGAGGUCCACGCCACCUUACGGCCCCCGUCCCGCAUGAGAGAGGCCAAUUUAGAGGAGGGCCUUUCUCACCUGUAGUUUGGAGCAAACCGGGACUUCGUGUUCAGUGACAACAACUCAGGUGUCCUCCCCAGCCCCCAGGAAACAUUACAUUUUAAAUAAAUAAUAUAUAUAUCAUCA